AUGUCGAUCACUUCCUUCGUCUGGGUGAAGUUCCUCUACUCUGUCUUUCGAGUGUCGAGCAACGAGCCAGACGGACGUCUUGCACGAUCUGUGGAGUCUUCGUGUCACUCCAGCACUAGCGACACCGGCAACACGGUCGCGCCGCUGCCCUUCUGGCAGCGGCUGGGCCCGCUGACGCGCGCCGGGCAGGCGUACGCCCGGGCGCAGCGGGCACGGCCGUGGGCGACGCAGCUCGCCAGCUCGCUGUUCAUAUACCUGUGCGCGGACAUCAGCGCGCAGCGCUUGGGCGGGCGCGGGGAGCACGACUUGGAGCGCACGGGGCGGUCGCUGGUCAUUGGGGGCGCGGCGGCUAUCCCGGGGUAUACUUGGUGA